GUCAAAGGUCACCAGCUGGCGAGGUGGCACUUCCUAGUUGCAAGGAUCAUAUUUUGGUGUGGUGUUAAAAAAGGUUGCGUUUUAAAGCAAAAUGGCCACAGGUUCAGACCAGGCAGUAGGUAUGGCUAUGGUGGCGCUCAGUGCCCUGAUCUUUACUUACUACACCGUCUGGGCUGUUGUUCUGCCUUUUGUAGAUGAUGACCACAUUGUGCACCAGUACUUUCUUCCCAGACCGUAUGCUGUCAUCAUCCCUACAGUAGCAGGAGUGGUGGCCCUCAGUGCUAUAGGUUCCUUCUUUGGCUAUGUUAUGCUACAAGACAAGAUGAAGAAGAAAACCAAAUAAGUGUCAACAAUUGGCCUGCAGUACCAGUGCAUCAAAAAUCUGCAGUUUUUACUCAAAGUGAUAGGGGGCGUUGUAACUAUUUGUGGGAAUUUUAUGCACACUCAACUUGGAUACACACAAUGAGACAUUCCUUGGGAGGAUUAGGGUCUAAUGCCAAUGUCUGCACAGCAGCACUAUUGAAUCAAAUUUCCAGCUUAUGCUCCAAACUAUGUACAAUGUGUGUCCAUCAUUCUACCAAAUUCUACCAAAGCAAAAUGACUGAACUUUCAUAUAGAUUUGUAGAUAUAGAGAAAAAAAAAUAUUGUACAAUUGUUGUGCAAUAAAUUUUUGUUUAAGGUAAUGCAUAUGGAAUUUUCUGUUCAAUUAUCUCUAAAUAUCUCAUAGAGGCUUGAAACCUUCAAUGUCUUGUUGGAAGAAUAUUUCCUCCAAUAGUCAUGUCUCAGAUAGGCAAAGUUUUCCAUAAAUUAAACCAUAUUAGACAUCCCCA